UGACUGGACUGGAAUCGAACUGGCUCUUCUCAGAGCCAUAGAGUGAGCUUCAUUCAGCACGCUACCGCUUGCAGUGAAGGUGCUGUACUUUGGCAUCUAAUUACUGAGAUCAUUAUGUUGCGGUUGGCCAAUCCUGCCCUUAGGGCUGGUCGUCAAUUUUUAACCUGAUUGGCUCGGCUGUCGGAGGGUUGGAAUGGUUGGUCUGUUUCAAGGUUCGUUUUCUUCGGCAAGCACUUGGGCGCCUCGCCUCCCAGAGCGGGUCCCUUGAAACGGUGUAAUUGAGAUGGUGUUAGUUGCACAAAGAAAAAGUCAGACAGUCGUUUAACGGGGGCGCAACGAGUGAGUUGAGUUCGCAAAAGCAGCGCUGUUAAUCUGCGUGGGUCUUCACAGUUAAGUUUUAUUUCCAUCUCCCCUCCCCCUUUACGAAUUUCUUCUGCAAAACUACCAAAUGUUGCAGCAUUAAUUGAGUUGCUUUUUGCCAGAAAUAACAAGACUUUCGAAUCUUUUCGAGGAUGCAUUUCAACGUGUUGCUGAAUGGACUGAUUACUCUUUUGCUGCUCCCUUCAAAGUUCCUGAGAGCCCACGGCCAGUCUCAGGGAGAGAGAGGAAUCUCCAUCCCGGACCACGGUUUCUGCCAACCUAUCUCCAUUCCGCUGUGUACAGACAUUGCCUACAACCAGACUAUUAUGCCCAAUUUACUGGGACAUACCAACCAAGAGGACGCCGGGCUGGAAGUCCACCAGUUUUACCCGCUGGUGAAAGUACAGUGUUCUCCCGAGCUGAAAUUCUUCUUGUGUUCCAUGUAUGCUCCCGUCUGUACCGUACUGGAACAGGCGAUCCCUCCCUGCCGGUCUAUCUGCGAGCGGGCGAGGCAAGGCUGUGAGGCUCUAAUGAACAAGUUUGGUUUUCAGUGGCCCGAGAGGUUGCGUUGCGAGAACUUCCCCGUGCACGGAACCGAUCAACUAUGCGUUGGCCAGAACCGCUCCGAGGAAAGCAGCCCCACUACUAUCCCCACCGUCGUCGACAACGACCUUGGCACCCCGAACCCGCCCCGCUACAACCGCGACCAGCCCUUCAACUGUCCCCGAGCACUUAAAGUCCCCUCGUAUCUUAGCUACAAGUUCCUGGGCGAGAAGGACUGCGCGGCGCCCUGCGAGCCCUCCAAGAGUAACGGCUACAUGUUCUUUAACGACGAAGAGAUCAAAUUCGCCCGCAUUUGGAUCCUGAUCUGGUCGUCGCUAUGCUGCGCUUCCACUUUAUUCACCGUGACUACCUACUUGGUGGACAUGCAGCGAUUCCGCUACCCUGAGCGGCCCAUCAUCUUCCUGUCUGGCUGCUAUACCAUGGUUUCCAUCGCCUACAUCGCGGGCUUCAUACUGGAAGAUAAAGUUGUGUGCAACGAGAGGUUCGCCGAGGACACUUACAAGACCGUGGUGCAAGGGACUAAGAAGGAAGGUUGCACCAUCCUCUUCAUGAUGCUCUACUUCUUUAGCAUGGCUAGUUCCAUCUGGUGGGUCAUCUUGUCUCUUACUUGGUUUCUGGCGGCCGGUAUGAAGUGGGGUCACGAAGCAAUCGAGGCAAACUCUCAGUACUUUCACCUGGCCGCCUGGGCGGUGCCGGCCGUCAAGACCAUCACCAUCCUGGCUAUGGGCCAGAUCGACGGCGACCUCUUGAGCGGAGUGUGCUUCGUGGGCCUGAACAGCAUCGACCCGCUGCGGGGUUUCGUGUUGGCGCCGCUCUUUGUCUAUCUCUUCAUCGGCACCUCUUUCCUGCUGGCUGGCUUCGUCUCCCUCUUCCGAAUCCGGACCAUCAUGAAACACGACGGCACCAAGACGGAGAAGCUGGAGAAACUGAUGGUGAGAAUCGGGGUGUUCAGCGUUCUCUACACCGUACCAGCCACCAUUGUGAUUGCAUGUUAUUUCUACGAGCAGGCGUUCAGGGAGCAAUGGGAAAAAAGUUGGAUCAGCCAAACUUGCAAAAGCUACGCCAUCCCCUGCCCUAUUCACUACUACCCCAGGAUGACUCCAGAUUUCACUGUGUACAUGAUCAAGUAUCUCAUGACCCUUAUCGUGGGUAUCACUUCUGGCUUUUGGAUCUGGUCAGGCAAGACUUUACAUUCCUGGCGCAAGUUUUACACCAGACUCACCAACAGCAAACACGGAGAGACAACCGUGUGAGAGGGACAGAAGGAAACACGGGACUGUGUUUUUAUUAUUUUUGUUAAUUGGUUUUACUUAACGUUUGCAUUAGGAUAACUUCCCAAGAUGUAAUAAAAACUGUAAAUAGCAUUUGUAAAAAAUUCUUAAUUAUAUAUUUGUAUUUAAAAAUUCCUACUUGAGAUUUCUUUUUUAUAUUUUGGUAUUUAGUCAUCACUGACUUGCCAGUGGAUUUCCGAAAAAAGCAGCUAGACUUGAAAACUGAUAUGGGCGUCUCAAUGGGCCUUUUGAGUCGAUUCCAGAAAAGCAAAGACUCUCUUAAUCGUUUCUUCUUUCUCCCUCCCCUUCCCCUUCCUGUUGGGGUGAUGUAGAAAUCGCGGCGUUGCCACAUUUACGGAGAUCCUAAAUAAAUACAACUUUCUCUUAACUCCCCAAUCAUCUGCUCCCCCCACCCCCAUCUCUUUUGCUCUCGGAAUCCAACGAGGCACAUGACUUUCCACAGUCCCAAACGAGGGGACUUGCAACAAAAGUUUUUAAAUGAUCUGUGAAGUUUUAACUGUUACACACGCAAGGCACGCUUUUAUUGCACGUUUUGAUGCAGCCCCGGAUUAUUAGAUCGUCUAAUUAUUAAAGGCUUGAAAUAAAAUGCAGUAUUUUCAAGUCCAGUUUCUAACUGUGGACAGACGCUGAUUUGAAUGAGUGAGCGCUAAGUGCUUUUAGUUGAAGCCGUUGUUCUGACCGGGGUUUUCCGUAGCUCUACAUUCAGUCGCAUUGUUUCACAUUUAUAGAACAAUAUUACACGUUUGAUUUUUUUUUGUUUUGCCAUAUUAACCUUAAUUUUCGGCAACGUCAAAAGUUGGCUGUUCCUUAGCUGGAAUAGCUCCGUUGGAGAAAGGGUUCAGUGGGGUAACGUGAGUGGGGAGAUUCCGCUUUUUCUAAAUAAACUCUUAAACGUUCGCCCACCCUCCCCCACCCCACUGUGAA